AUGAGCGUCAUCCUCGAGACUUCUCUAGGAGAUCUCGUUGUCGAUCUUCUCGUUGAGGAUGCACCUAGGUCCUGCGAAAACUUCUUGAAACUAUGCAAAACCAAGUACUACAACUUUUCGCCAUUGCAUAGCAUACAGAAAGGCUUCUCAUUUCAAACCGGCGAUCCAAUCGGCCCGGAUUCCAAGGACAGUGAUGGAGGUAGUUCUAUCUGGGGUCUGCUGUCGGGGCCUUCCAAGAAGACCUACGUGGCCGACAUCAACUCCAAGCUGAAGCACAUCGAGCGUGGCACCGUUAGUAUGGCCACUGUGCCGUCCUCCCGGGAUGCUGAUGAGCGACUUGCUGGCAGUCAAUUCAUUGUUACAUUGGGCGACGACAUUGAUUAUCUCAACGGCAAGGCUGCGCCAUUUGGCAAAGUGGUCGAGGGUUUUGAUGUGUUGGAGAAGAUCAAUGAUGCAUUCACAGAUGCGCAGGGGCGACCACUCAAAGACAUACGACUACGCCACACAGUGAUUCUGGACGACCCAUUCGACGACCCACCAGGUCUCGUUGUGCCCGACCAAAGUCCAGCGCCAUCGAAGGCCCAACUCGCAACAGUCAUGAUUGCGGACGAUGAAGAGCUCGACCAAGAUGUGGACGAAGAAGCUAUGGAAAAACUGCGGCGUGAACGCGAGGCUCGAGCUCAGGCUCUGACUCUGGAAAUGGUUGGAGACCUUCCCUUUGCAGAGGUCAAGCCUCCAGAGAACAUAUUAUUUGUGUGCAAGCUCAACCCGGUCACUCAUGACGAGGACCUGGAGCUCAUUUUCAGUCGCUUCGGCAAGAUCCUGUCAUGCGAGGUCAUCCGCGACAAGAAGACAGGCGAUAGCCUGCAGUAUGCCUUCAUCGAGUUUGAGAACCAGAAGGACUGCGAACAAGCCUACUUCAAGAUGCAGGGCGUUCUGAUCGAUGAUCACCGCAUCCACGUCGACUUUUCACAGAGUGUGUCGAAACUAUCCAAUGUCUGGCGCGAUGCUACCAACUCGAAACGAGCACAGAGCCGCGGUGGGUUUGGUGGCAUCGACAGCCUCGAGAAACGACGACAUUACCGUGAAGGGGAUGGUGGCAGGAGGGAGCGGAAUUACCGAAUGGUCUUCGACAAGGCCGACAUGAAGCAGGGCGAGGAACAAGGUUCAGAACGCAGUCGACGACGAUCUCCCAGCCGGAGCCGGAGCCGAAGUCCAAGGCGUAACAGAUACCCAGAGGACCGGAAUCACAGGGACUCUGAUCGGGAUAGGUACAGACCUGCAGCGCAUGGGAACAGGGUUCGGGAUCGAGAUCGAGACAGAGACCGGCGGAGGGACGAUGGGGAAUACAGACGGCGGCGGGAUUGA